UUUACAAAAGUGACGGUGGAACAAGUUGAUUUUAACAUGGAGAGAAUGGAAAAAAGGAACUUGAGUUGUGAGUUGAAUGAUGAGGUCGUCAUCGCGGGGUUCUCGGGUCGAUUCCCUGAGUCCAGAAACGUCGAGGAAUUCAAGAAGCAUUUGUUCGAUGGAACAGACAUGGUCACGGAGGAUGGAAGACGAUGGCCCCCUGGACUGUACGAUCUUCCCUCUAGAACGGGGAAACUCCCAAGCCUGGAAUUCUUCGAUGCACCUUUCUUUGGCGUUCACCCGAAACAAGCGAGUGUAAUGGAUCCACAACUAAGGAUCUUACUAGAAUUGACCUAUGAGUCUAUAAUAGACGCUGGCGUAAAUCCAGAGGAAGUUCGAGGUUCCAAAACAGGAGUUUUUAUCGGAGCUUCCUUGAAUGAGUCCUAUGAUUUAUGGGCGAAGAAUCGCAAAAGUCAAGAUGGAUACAGAGCGCUUGGUUGCACUAGAACAAUGCUUGCCAACAGAAUAUCUUUUACAUUUGAUUUUCAAGGGCCUAGUUAUACGGUUGAUACGGCUUGCUCUAGUAGUAUGUUUGCAUUGCAGCAAGCUGUGAGUGCAAUUCGUGGUGGUCAAUGUGACGCCGCCAUAAUCGGGGGCGUAAAUCUGUUGCUGAAUCCUGAAACUUCAUUGCUGUUGAAGAACUUGAAUGUAUUGUCCCCAAGCGGGAAAAGUAACUCAUUUGAUGCAGCUGCGAACGGUUACGCGCAAAGUGAGGCUGCAGUCGUCAUGUAUCUACAACGGGCGAGUGCUGCCAAGCGAUUGUAUGCCACAGUUGUCCACGCAAAAACGAACAAUGAUGGUUACAAAGACCAAGGCAUUACUUUUCCGUCUGGGAGUUUGCAAAAGGCUUUAAUUGAGAGCACAUUCUCGGAAGCGGGUAUGGACCCAAACAGCAUUGUUUACCUGGAGGCCCACGCAACUGGCACCAAGGUUGGAGACCCUGUGGAAAUGAAUACGGUUGCGGCCGUUUUUGCCGAAAACCGCGACUCACCUCUACUGAUCGGAUCCGUGAAAUCAAACAUGGGGCAUGCGGAAGCCGCCUCCGGAUUAUGUUCCAUUGCCAAAGUUCUCAUCGCUAUGGAGACUGGCGCUAUCCCCGGAAAUUUACAUUUCAAGCAACCGAAUCCGAACAUCCCAGGACUUUUAGAUGGGAGGCUGCAGGUUGUUGACAAACCAUUGACUUGGGACGGAGGUCUCGUCGCAGUGAACUCUUUUGGUUUCGGUGGUGCGAAUGCUCAUGUCAUCCUUCGGUCAAAAGAGACGUCCAAGCCAGUGCCCAUCAGAGACACUCUCCCUCGCAUAGUUGCUGUGUCCGGUCGAACAGAGGAGGCUGUGCUCUUUCAACUGGCAGAGAUUGAAAAACUACCGAGGAACGAUGAGUUUAUCGGUUUGAUCCACGGACUUUACAAGAAAACUAUGCACAAUCACGAUUACAGAGGGUACACUGUGCUAGAAUCGUAUCCUCCCAUGAGAGAGGUCAAGUCAUGCCACGGUCAGAAACGGCCUGUCUGGUACGUGUUCCCCGGGAUGGGAAGUCAGUGGGCCGGGAUGACUAAAGCUAUUUUAACGUGCGCUGACGUUCUCAGAGUUGAAAAUUUUGAUUUGAUUGCGGUCCUAAAUUCGGACGACGAGAGGACGUUUGAGAAUCCCUUGAAUUCUUUCGUUUCCAUUGUUGCCGUACAAAUUGGCCUGGUUGAUAUUCUGGCUUCGGUUGGAGUCGUUGCAGACGGUAUGAUCGGCCACUCUUUUGGGGAGCUCGGGUGUGCGUACGUGGAUGGAGCCCUCACGGCUGAGCAAACUGUUCUUGCUGCUUAUUGGAGAGGCCGUUCCAUUGCGGACUCGCAUGUUCCAAGCGGGAGUAUGGCUGUUUUCGGUCUACCUUGGGAAUGUGUUGCAAAGUAUGCUCCUGCCGACAUUUUUCCAAGUUGCAACAACUCUUCUGACAGUGUUACUGUAUCUGGCCCACCAGCAUCAGUCACUAACUUCAUUAACGUUCUUAAAUUAAGAGGGGUCUUCGUUAAGGAAAUAAAGACCUGCGGUGUAGCUUUUCAUUGCAAAUAUGUGGCGAAUGCCGCCCCAUACCUACAGAUGAGUCUAGAAAAGGUACUAUUUCAAUCGAUCCAACUUCAAACAUUACACACAAAUCUGACACAAAUUUCAAUUAUUCCAAAACCAAAACCGAGGACUUCUCGUUGGAUUAGCUCUUCAAUCCCCAAGAGUUCCUGGGAUACGUCAUUGGCUCAAACAGCAUCACCUGCUUAUUUUGUCAAUAACCUGUUAAUGCCUGUCCUCUUUAAGGAUGCCGUCACGCACAUUCCUAAUGAUGCUAUAGUCAUCGAGAUUGCUCCGCACUGCAUACUCCAGUCAAUUUUAAAACAGAAUCUUAGACCUGACAAUAUCAUAAUUGAUUCCCUCAAGAAAGGAGUGGACAACAUUUCAGCUGCUUUGCUCUCAAGCAUGGGAAAAUUGUAUAAUGCGGGUAUCGAAGUCAACUUUGCCAACUUAUUUAGUCCCACUGCAUUUCCAGUAUCUCGCGGCACUCCAAUGCUUCAAUCACUUAUAAAGUGGGAUCAUUCCAGUAGAUGGCCAGUUGCAUCGUUCUGUAAGGAGGUACUGAAAACGAUAAAGUUAAGAAAACAACCAGAGCGUUUUUAUUGCACUGUAAAAUUUUCCGUGUACAUUUUAAAAGCAUCUGGUAACUUCGAACUAUCUGAGGGAGGAAGUGUGGUUUUAUCCGGAAAAAUUAGCAUCCCGGAAAAUAUUGAGGACGAGCAGUUAACUCUUGACGAGCCCGCUGAUGAUAAAACAGACACUCUCCUUAAUGCGAAUGAUUUUUACAAGUACGCCCGUCUCAGAGGCUAUGACUACGGUGGAAUGUUCCUAGGAGUUACGGAGUGUGACAUGAAUGGGGUCAAAGGUAAAGUUGCGUGGGCCGAUGAUUGGAUCACCUACUUGGGCAGCAUAUUUCAAUUUUUUGCUUUUGGCAUGAACUCCAGUAAACUUCACGUGAUAACAAGGAUUCAACGCGUUUCGAUUAACCCUAUGUUGCAUUUCCGAUAUUUGAGUUCCAUCCCAGAAAAGGAUAAAACUAUUCCGGUAUUCAAUUUUGCCGAUAUUGGAGUGAUACAGUCGUGUGGAACUGAAAUUAGAGGCUUAAAAGUCAGCUUGGUGCCCAGGAAACAGAAAAUUGGUCUCGUGAAGAAGGAAAAAUAUCUUUUCGUUCCGUACAUUAUUGACAAGACUGAUUUAAUGAUUAACGAAUAUAAUGCGUUAACGUCAAUUUUGCAAACGGUGAUAGAAAACAGCGACUGUCCGACUAAAAUGAAGGUUAUCGAACUGGCCGUGGCCCAAUCGUCAGACGCUUUCUUGUCUACCAAGGUUAAAAAAAUCCUUGAGGAGAAAUUCCGCCAUGCUGGCGUAACCGUCAUAUCGAAUCAAGGCGAAGUAUCUGAACGAAUUCUUAAGCCUUUGGGUACUAGAAUGAUCGAAACGAAUACAAAUGUAAUUGUCGACCAAAAUUGUCACUUGGUGGUUGCAAAGAACUGUCUCGAUAACCAAAAUGUCCUUUCAAAUAUGUUAGCAAUUGUUCAAGAAGGGAACUUCAUAUUACUUGAACAGCACAAGCACCUGGACGAGAAUGCCGUCAAUGAGAUCGGCCUGGAUGUAAUUUCGAUUGUUAAGACGUGCAAAACGACCUAUGCCCUCCUUAGAUCUCCCGUAGAAAUUCAUAUGCCAAUUGUAAUCACUAUCACGAGACAAUUUUCAUGGGUGAAUGAAUUAAAAGCUGCCCUAGUAGAGGCAGAAAUAGAGGAAAAGGAGUUGAUUUUGCUAGUUGAGAAUGAGGCUUUGAGUGGAAUCGUUGGAUUGCUGAACUGUCUCAAACAAGAGUACAGCAAUGUAAAUAUUCGUUGUGUGUUUAUCCAAGAGGAGGCCGCACCGAAAUUUUCUUUGACGACGCACUUUUGUUACACCCAACUCAAGAAAGGACUCAUUCAUAACGUCUACAAAAAUCAUCAAUGGGGAUGCUAUCGUUACAUCUCGCUUGACAGUGACUCCGGGACGGCAACCGUCAAAGUGGAGCAUGCAUACAUGCAAGCGUUAGUCUUAGGAGAUCUGUCUAGUCUCAAGUGGGUCCAAGGACCGUCAUCUUCUUGUAGACUGAAGCCGAACGUAAACUCCGAGCUUUGCCACGUUUAUUAUGCUCCACUAAACUUCCGUGAUAUCAUGCUGGCCUCAGGGAAGUUACCCCCGGACGCUUUACCUGGAAAUCUAGCCGAGGAAGAAUGCAUUCUGGGUCUGGAGUUCGCGGGUCGAGACUCGAAGGGACGUCGCGUUAUGGGUAUGGUCCCUGCGCAAGGCUUGGCCACCAUGGUGGUCGUUGACCGGACUUUGCUAUGGGAGGUCCCAGAAAAAUGGAGCCUUGAAGAGGCUUCGACAAUACCCGUCAUCUACUCCACUGUUUACUAUGCUUUGAUUAUCAGAGGGCGUUUGAAGCCGGGUGACUCCAUACUCAUCCAUGCAGGUGCAGAUGGUUUUGGUCAAGCUGCCAUCUCUGUCGCGUUGCACAUGGGGUGCAGCGUUUUCACCACUGUUGGAUCGGUGGAAGAACGGGUGUACUUGAAACAAACGUUUCCAACGUUGGCUGAUAGCAAUUUCGCAAACUCGCGAAACUCGAAUUUUGAACAACACCUUAUGACUGCGACAAAAGGUCGUGGAGUUGACCUCGUCUUAAAUUCACUUCCUGGAGAGCUGCUGCUUGCUUCUGUGCGAUGUCUUGCCAAAAAUGGUAGAUUCUGCGAAAUCGGGAAACUGAACUUCUCCAACAAUACACCUUUGGGCUUGUCUCUGUUCUCCAAUAAUGUAUCGUUCCAUGGAAUUCUCCUUGACUCCUUAUUCGAUGACAGCGGGGAGAGUUGCGAUGUUGUCAAGCUGGUGAGCGAUGGAUUCAAAAAUGGCGCCGUUCGGCCUCUUCCGGUCACCCUCUUUGAUGAUACUGAAGUUGAGCAAGCUUUCCGACUAGCAACCGGUGAGCAUAUUGGUAAAGUUGUAUUAAAAAUCCGUGACGAAGAAUCGAGAGCAUCGCGACUUGCUACUCCAAAAUAUGUUUCUGCGAUCCCUCGUACUUACUUUAAAGCUGAGAAGUCUUAUUUACUUGUCGGUGGUCUUGGAGGGUUUGGCUUAGAAUUAACCAAUUGGCUGAUCGGUCGUGGAGCAACCAAGGUUGUUUUGACCUCUCGAAGAGGUGUAUACAGUGGCUAUCAAUCUCUUUGCGUCCGCAAGUGGAAAUCACGGGGAAUAAGUGUUCUCAUAUCUACAAUAGACUGCUCAUCUGUGGCAGGAGCCACUAAGAAUAUAGAGAAAACCUUAAGAUUAGGUCCAGUUGGUGGAAUAUUUAAUUUGGCCGCCGUGAUAGAUGAUGCCCUCAUGCAAAAUCAAACUCCCGCUACCUUUGAAAAAAUUGCUGCACCAAAGAUAAAUGGAACCAAAAACCUAGAUAACGUUUCCAGGAAGUUGUGUCCUCAGUUAGACCACUUCGUCGUUUUUUCUUCAUGUACUUCCGGCCGUGGCAAUCCAGGUCAGACAAAUUAUGGGUAUGCAAAUUCUGCAAUGGAGAGAAUUUGUGAGGCUAGACAUGAGGCUGGUCUACCCGGCCUGGCUAUUCAGUGGGGACCAAUUGGGGACGUAGGUCUCUUAUUCGACUCUCUCGGCCGUGAAAAAUUUACCGUAAUUGCAGGACUUUCACCUCAGAGGAUGUCCUCCUGUCUUGCUGUAUUAGAUUACUUCUUACAACAAUCUCAUCCUGUUGUGGCAUCAUCAAUCCCAACAGUAAAAAACGAGGCCGCCUCCAGGAACAACAGGCUUCCUCUAAUAAACGCAAUUGCAAACGCUAUCGGCAUACUGGAUCUGAAAGCAGUCAAUACUAACGCAUCUCUGGCUGAAAUGGGAUUGGACUCUCUGAUGGAAUUUGAAGUAAAAAAUAUUCUCGAGUACAAAUACUCAGUGGUAAUGCGCGCUCAAGAAAUUCGCAAACUCACUUUUGCGAAAUUGCUUGAGCUCCAGAACGACAGCUCCUCACAAUCCGUUCUUUCGCAGACGAAAGAAUGUAACUCCAUUCCAAGAUUGCCAAAUUGACUCAAACUAAAUUAUUAUUUCACUAGAACGUACCUGUGCAAUUUUCGUCCAUAAUUUUACUAAUAUUCGCACGAGAUCAG